AUGAAAAGAACGCAAGAACAAGUUUUAACUUUUACUGAAUUAUCUGCUCUCGGUCAAAUUCCUUCCCAUCCAUCUUUACCCAAAAAGAAUGAUAAGUUAUUAGAAUGUAUUCUUUUAAUGGCUUAUUUAGGCUUACGAGUUAGUGAAAGCAUUAAUUUCACUUGGCAGCAAGUAAAGGUUGAAAACAAGGAAGCCUUUGUGGUCUUAGGAAAAGGCCAGAAGCAAAGAUUAGUUUUUAAUUUAUUGAAUAAUAGUUACAUUGCUAAAAAAAGUAAACAAAACUUUCAAGAAAAUAAAUGA